AUGUCCGAUUUCGUCAAUCAUGUCGAUAUAAAUUUGAUUAUUCAUAGAGAUAGUGAAGACAUAAAAAUAGGCUUUCCAUUUGACCCCAAUCAGGAUAGUAUUGAUUCAAUUUGUGCCGAAUUAGUUGAUGCAUUAGGUUUGAAUCACGAAGAAGAAUUGAGUGUUCGCGAAUCAAUUAAAAGUCAACUUGAGCAAGUAUUAGGUGAAUCAUACGGAGAUUUAAACACAUCUUCAGGUCAUGCUUCUACAGAUCUUUCAGACAGUUUUGAUGAGGAAGUUUUCAGCGAUCCUGAAUACCAGGCUCUACUUCAACACCAACGAGCCGAAAUUACUGCACUUGAAGAACUUCAUUUUAAACAACAAAGAGAUUUAAUGAACGGAAACUUAUCUCCAUCUAGUUCUCAUAAAGCAGUUGAUGACUUAAUUGUCUUCAGCUAG